AUGAAUACUACAAAUCUCCGAGAAUAUGGUGUCUGCUAUAAACGUCUUGGUGAAGGCUCAACUGCUAUUAUUUCUAUUUGCAAAAGUAAAAAAAUAUCAAACAAUAAUAAUAAUGCAUCACAACCUAAACUGUUGGCUAUCAAACAAUUUCGUAAACGUAAGCGAAGCGAGACUGAAAAAGAAUACAUGAAGAAAUUGACAAGUGAAUUUUGUAUUUCAUCUACUUUCCACCAUGUAAAUAUUGUAGAGACGAUUGAUUUAGUCUUGGAUGAUCAAAAUCGAUACUGUACUGUAAUGGAAUAUUGUCCUGGAGGUGACUUAUUUUCAAGUAUUAUGUCUGAACAAAUGACAGAGAUCGAAAUGUCUUGCUGUUUUAAGCAAUUAAUUCGAGGUCUAGCUUAUUUACAUUCAAUGGGUGUGGCCCAUCGUGAUAUCAAGCCCGAGAAUUUAUUAUUAACAUUAGAUGGUACAUUAAAGAUUACUGAUUUUGGUGUUUCGGACGUAUUUCGUUGCGCUUGGGAAACACAAAGUCAUAAAAGUAAGGGACUCGUUGGUUCAGAGCCGUAUAUUGCACCUGAAGCCUUUGAACAUCAAGAUUAUUGGGGUGCUAACGUAGAUAUUUGGUCAGCAGGUAUUGUUGUUUAUUCAAUGUGGCGUAAUGGUCAUACUUGGGUGCGAGCUGACAAACACAAGGAUCGCGAAUAUCGUAAUUACCUUCGUCAUUAUUCUACACGUAGUUUUCCUAAUUUUAAAAAGUUUCAUGAUGCCUUACGGGAAUUACUCUAUGAUAUGUUGAAUCCUAAUCCUACUUUACGUAUUACUGCUGAAUACAUAUUACAGAAUAAUUGGGUUGAAUCUAUUUUAGUUUGUGAAAAAGGUAUUGAUUCUAUGAAUAGAGAACAUCAUCAUACAGCUCUUACUAGUAAUUGGAAGAAGUAA